AUGGCCAUCUUCAUAUCUGUGACACUCAGUUCAAAGCUAUAUGGACACAUGGAUGGUACUGCAGUGUCACUACUGGCGGUAACACUGGAAACUAGAUACACUAGGAUGAUAAUAAUGGCAACUUACAUGGACAUUCAAAAUGACCUACAAAAUACGUAUGAUCACUGGGUAUUUUUGAUCUGCCUGCAGGUAUCAUCAGAAAAACCCCUUCUAGACCAGGCUGAUUGCAUGAACAUGAUAAUAUGGUUGACUGAAGAAGUCAAAGCAAAUAUUGGCCUGAUAGCAUGCCAGGUCCUUUACUUGGCGUAUCAGGCAUUAUAG